AUGUCUCUCCGCAUCGCUCCCCCAACUGGCUACUCCAACCAAACCACCAACACUACAACCCGUUAUACCCGCCCUUCAAAAGGUGCUCCUUCAGCACCCGGUCUCCCUGAUACCCUCCGUGACAAGCUCACUCUCCCCGCUACUGCUCAUGCUUCUGCCACCAACAACCCAACCGCCAAUGCGAUGAAGAUGGAGUCUCUGCGCCGAGCAUACGGUAUCGCCGAGCCUGUCCGCCGUGGUAUGGAGCUUAAGAUUGUCCGUGAUAGCACCUUCCGACCUGCCGUACUGGGAGGCUUGAAGGGUGGCAACAUCCACGAGGAUAUUCUUGUGCUUGGAGGUCGGGAUACAGAGGUUGGCUGGGAAGAGAUCUUCCAGGGUGACGAGUUCCGGGAACCACCCACCUUCCACGACGAGAUGGAGAAGCGUCUGAAGAUGGACUUCUAA